CGCAACAAACGUACCACGCAAAGGAAAAUCAAAUCAAAUUGGAUCUCGCUUUCGAACCAGACGGUCGGUCAGUGGCAAAAGUGAGCGGAAGAAAAAAAAAAGUUUCUGGUUGUGGCGGAUUCGGGAAUCGGAACAAAACUGGGAAAUCCUCCGGUCGAGCAUCCGCGUGACCGUCGUCGUGUUAUCCCCUUGUGGUGCUGCAAUCCGAGUUUUCUCCGUGUAGUGAUUAUUCCUUUUGCUGGGGUGGAAAUUCGUUGAAAAAGGCUCACAGUCAUCGAGGAAGAGAGAGGAAAAAAAAUAUUGGCGUCUAGCAGUUUCCGAGAUUACGAUGAUCGCGAUGAACCGCCGGCGAUGAUGACGACCAUGAUGGCGACGCUGAUGGCUGGUGUGAAGUAGCAGCAGGUGAAAGAAGACUCCCAACCGGCCAAGUGGUAGUGUGUAGGACGUGAUAAGCGAUACGAUAAUUACCGCAACCGAGCAAGUGUUCAUAUCUGGAGAAGAACCGUGAAGACUGAAUGCAUUUUUCGACGAAUUUGCGCUAAUCAGUGUGAUAGCAGUGAUCUGGGCAUCGGCCAGGAAAGAUAUUACCUCACAAGUGUGCAUCGACGCGCGUCCUCAGAGAUAUAUAGCCUAUAGCCUACAAUUGUUUGUGUGAGAGUGUUUCGCAGGGCCUGGAGAUAGUGUAAUUUUGUUUGAAAAUUACAAAGGAGAAAAAAUCGACAAAAUGUCCAAGAAACCUACGGCGGGACCAGCGCUGCACAAGGUCAUCAUGGUGGGCAGUGGUGGCGUUGGCAAAUCGGCACUCACACUACAGUUCAUGUACGACGAGUUCGUGGAGGACUACGAACCGACCAAGGCAGACAGUUAUCGAAAAAAGGUGGUCCUCGACGGCGAGGAGGUACAGAUCGACAUUCUGGACACGGCCGGCCAGGAGGACUAUGCAGCCAUUCGCGACAACUAUUUCCGCAGCGGUGAAGGGUUCCUGUGCGUGUUUUCCAUCACCGAGGACGACAGCUUUCAGGCGACACAGGAGUUUCGGGAACAGAUAUUGCGCGUGAAAAACGACGAAAAUAUCCCGUUUCUGCUCGUCGGGAACAAGUGCGACCUGAACGACAAACGGAAGGUGCCGCUGGCCGAGUGCCAAGGCCGUGCGCAGCAGUGGGGAGUGCCAUACGUCGAAACGUCGGCGAAGACGCGCGAAAACGUCGAUAAGGUUUUCUUUGACUUGAUGCGCGAAAUACGCUCGCGGAAAACGGAAGACUCGAAAGCACCGAACGGACGCGCCAAAGACAAGUCGAAACGAAGGAAACUCAAGUGUACGCUGAUAUAGAAGGUGGAAGCGCAAUCCCUACUGUAGUGUGCUGAUCAACAAGUGCGCCGAAGGACCGAGAAUCAUCCUAACUCGCAAACGCAUACACACAAAAAACACAUACACUUUCACUCGGACACUCAUGAACAUAUACAUAUAGGCAUGUAGUGGACAAGAGGAACACAACCGAUGGAUGAAAAUCUCUCCAUUUUAAUUAAAUUAAUAUAUUACUUAAGUUUAAGCUGUAUCAUUACCGAGAGGAGACCGGAUCGAAGCAAGGAAACGUCAAAGUUAAGCCGAAUCGAUCAAAUUUAGAGACAGAAAGAGAGAAAGUUCACUCGUUAGCAUUAAGGAAAAGGUUAUCGCAUACACGCAAAUAUGCUAAUUAUUUGUUACAUAAAUAAUUGAUGGAAACGAGCAAAUAAACUGGAAAGAAAUGCGUAUAAAUUAAGCUUAACCGAUUGGUGUACAUUUAUUUUUGGUUUGCUUCAAGCUAUUGAUUUGUUUAAUUUGGUUUUUGUUUUUAUCCCAUAAACGCCUUUUAGUUUCCUCCAUUGUUGUUUUUCUGCGCUAAAAAUGUAUUUGCGAAUCGCUUACUAUCAUAUCGCUAAAAAUCAAAACAAAAUUGCCGCUACGCUGCUGUGGCUGCGAGAGUGUGAGUGUACCGUACACGUGUAUGUGUGUUAUUAUCCAUAGCCGUUGUCAGUCAAAGUGUGUCCGCCAUCUUUGCCAUCAGUGGAGCACGUGUUCGCCAUAUUGGAUUUUGAAUUUUAAUCAAAGUCACACACAUUUGGUUUGGUUUUAUCGUUCACCCGUUUUUCUUGUUUUUAUUUUAUUUUGGCAAUCUUGAUCAAACUUGAAAUGGUAAUCAUAAAAAAACGUUGAAACCUCACUAGAUUUUCUACGACCUGAUUCGGGACAUUUCCAAUCGCAAGAAGAAAAGCCAGGAAACGGUACAGCAACCGAAGCGGGAGAAACACCACUGUUGCCAGUUGCUAUAGAAACCGGCGUGGAGAAUCGAGGCAACUGGGAUUCAGUCCUGAAAGCAUUCUCUGUGCGCGGAUAAGUCGGAUAUUGCACCGUUGCACCUUAAUCAUCAUCAUAGCCGUAACAUACAUAUUUUUAGUUUACUCGUCGUUGUCGUGUAAGCAUUAAGGCGAAUCAAGAAACAUUGAAUUUGACGUUUAUAAUUUUACAUUGCUGUACAAAAUUUAUGGAAAAAUAUAGCUUUGCAUGCUUUAAUUUUAGUUUUCACGCAUUCGGAUCGUUUACGAAUCAGUUGAAAAAGAACAAAUCAAAUAGAUGCACAUUCAUAAACAGAGGUAUCACAACAAUUCAGCAUCAUCAACAACAAACCAAACCUUAUACUUAAGGGCAAAUGAAACGAAUAAAAUACCUGGUACAUUUUUCAAACCAUCAAGGAUAUUAUCAAAAUCAACGCUGUGUUAAAAAAAGCGUCGAUCCAGCCGAAAAGAUGGAAUAGUGUAUGGAAGGCGUUUUCUUUUGGUUCGUUUGCUAUGAAAAUGAUAUAAUGAAAAAGAAACAAUCUCUUACAAAAUAGUCACUGAAAAUCAAUAAAGACAGCAUUGAAUUGA